CAGAAAGAACAGACAAAAUGCAGGCAGGGCACAGGACAAAGCAUUAGGGACAAAAUGUAUAAAAAAAUGAAAUUUUUUUUAAAUUUUCAAAUUUCCCGCCGCCGCCGGCGGCGCCCGUACGUCCCGAUGUCACAGGGACCGGAACACAGAAGCCGGAUGCCGGCAUCGGCUGGAGGAGAUGGCCGGGGAUGCUGCAGGGGACACAUCGCGGGAGCGAAGGACAAGGUAAGCUCUGCAGGGACUCCCUAUGCAGCGCCGCAUGGUAAGCCCGAGUGUAGCUCGGGGUUACCGCUUUUGGUAUAGACAU